ACUCACGUACGGUCACUCUAAUAUAGCUGACUGGCGUCUAACCUAAAAUUAGGCGCGCAGUGUUGUUUUUUUGUCUGCCGGAAUUAUUGCAAAUUGCUGACAAUUUCGCAAGGCGGCGUAAUAUAUAGUUGAUCUAUUAGUUAGUUACUGGAGCAGCAGAAGCGUAGGAUGACGGACUCGCUGGAGUACAACGACAUAAACGCCGAAGUGCGCGGAGUCUUGUGUUCCGGACGCCUGAAGAUGACCGAGCAGAACAUCAUCUUCAAGAACACCAAGACCGGCAAGGUGGAGCAGAUCUCGGCAGAGGACAUAGACCUGAUCAACUCGCAGAAGUUCGUGGGCACCUGGGGACUGAGGGUGUUCACCAAAGGCGGGGUGCUCCACCGCUUCACGGGAUUCCGCGACAGCGAGCACGAAAAGCUGGGCAAGUUUAUCAAGACUGCCUACUCGCAGGAGAUGGUCGAGAAGGAGAUGUGCGUCAAGGGCUGGAACUGGGGCACCGCCCGAUUCAUGGGCUCCGUCCUGAGCUUCGACAAGGAGUCGAAGACCAUCUUCGAGGUGCCGCUGUCGCACGUUUCGCAGUGCGUGACUGGCAAGAACGAGGUCACCCUGGAGUUCCACCAGAACGACGAUGCGCCCGUGGGUCUGCUGGAGAUGCGGUUCCACAUACCCGCCGUGGAGUCGGCCGAGGAGGAUCCGGUGGACAAGUUCCACCAGAACGUUAUGAGCAAGGCCUCGGUCAUCUCGGCGUCGGGCGAGUCCAUCGCCAUUUUCAGAGAGAUCCAGAUCCUUACGCCUCGCGGUCGCUACGACAUCAAGAUCUUCUCGACCUUCUUCCAGUUGCACGGCAAGACGUUCGACUACAAGAUUCCCAUGGACUCGGUGCUGCGACUCUUCAUGCUGCCCCACAAAGACAGUCGACAGAUGUUCUUUGUGCUCUCCUUGGAUCCGCCCAUCAAGCAGGGACAAACGCGUUACCACUACCUGGUCCUGCUCUUUGCUCCCGAUGAGGAGACCACCAUUGAGCUGCCCUUUUCGGAGGCCGAGUUGCGCGACAAGUACGAGGGCAAGCUGGAGAAGGAGAUCUCCGGGCCGGUGUACGAGGUGAUGGGCAAAGUGAUGAAGGUGCUGAUCGGUCGAAAAAUUACCGGACCUGGUAACUUUAUCGGACACUCUGGCACGGCUGCAGUGGGCUGCUCGUUCAAGGCUGCAGCUGGAUAUCUGUAUCCCCUGGAGCGAGGAUUCAUCUAUAUCCACAAGCCACCGCUGCAUAUCCGCUUUGAGGAGAUUAGUUCUGUGAACUUUGCCCGCAGCGGCGGAUCCACGCGAUCUUUCGACUUCGAGGUGACGCUCAAGAACGGAACCGUCCACAUCUUCUCCUCCAUCGAGAAGGAGGAGUAUGCCAAGCUCUUCGACUACAUCACACAGAAGAAGUUGCAUGUCAGCAACAUGGGCAAGGACAAGAGCGGCUACAAGGACGUGGACUUUGGCGAUUCGGACAACGAGAACGAACCGGAUGCCUAUCUGGCUCGCCUCAAGGCUGAGGCCAGGGAAAAGGAGGAGGACGACGACGAUGGCGACUCGGAUGAGGAGUCCACGGAUGAGGACUUCAAGCCCAACGAGAACGAGUCCGAUGUGGCCGAGGAGUAUGACAGCAACGUGGAGAGUGAUUCUGACGAAGACAGCGAUGCUAGUGGCGGCGGAGGCGACUCUGAUGGCGCCAAGAAAAAGAAGGAGAAGAAGUCCGAGAAGAAAGAGAAAAAAGAGAAGAAACACAAGGAGAAAGAGCGAACAAAGAAACCCUCCAAAAAGAAGAAGGACUCUGGCAAACCCAAGCGCGCCACCACCGCUUUCAUGCUCUGGCUGAACGACACGCGCGAGAGCAUCAAGAGGGAAAAUCCGGGCAUAAAGGUUACCGAGAUCGCCAAGAAGGGUGGCGAGAUGUGGAAGGAGCUGAAGGACAAGUCCAAGUGGGAGGAUGCGGCAGCCAAGGACAAGCAGCGCUACCACGACGAGAUGCGCAACUACAAGCCCGAAGCGGGUGGCAGCGAUGAUGAGAAGGGUGGAAAGUCCUCCAAGAAGCGCAAGACGGAGCCUUCUCCAUCCAAGAAGGCGAAUACCUCGGGCAGCGGCUUCAAGAGCAAGGAGUACAUAUCGGACGACGACUCCACCAGCUCCGACGACGAGAAGGACAACGAGCCUGCCAAGAAGAAGAGCAAGCCCCCAUCCGACGGCGAUGCCAAGAAGAAAAAGGCCAAGAGCGAGAGCGAACCGGAGGAGAGCGAGGAGGCCAGCAAUGCCAGCGAUGAGGAUGAGGAAGAUGAGGCCAGUGAUUAGGGCCAUAAACACAACAAAUCAAUUCCAUAAACACACACAACGCUCCUCACACACCCUGUCCCAAAUCUAGUUUACAUUCGCCUAGUUUAGUUAAGUGCUGCCUGUUGGAUACAGACCCAUACGUUUUUGUUUAAUUAAAACUCAACAACAAUUCGAAAGUUCAAGUAAUUAAACAGAAUUGAUAAUUGCCCGUAA